CUUUUAUGCGGGGUACUAUUUGGAAAAUUACUUUGGGCCUCAGGGUGCUUCAUUUAGACCUACAUUGGUACGUCCAGCGGCUUGCGUCUAUUUCCAUUCCCUUUGUCAUGCUAGACCUUGCACUCACCGGCUCCUAGAACAAAGCUAAAGACACUCUCAUCUUGUACAUGGCAGAUCCUAUAGCCUCCAGCCCUCUGCCUUACUACUCUGCCGUCGAUGACACGGGUCGCCUCGUGCAUGCCUUACUUCGUGCUUCCCCGGGCAAGAAGCUCAUUGGUGUCAACGAGUGGCUCAGUCUCCGCGACUUUGCCAAAGUCUUGGGCCAGUCGUUGAAGAAAGGGGUCAAAUUUGUUGACAGUAAUCCGGACUUUACGAUGGGAGACCCGGAUCUUGAAGAGGAUUUUGCGGAUAUGGUAGGGUGGCUUGUGGAGUUCGGGUAUGAUGGAGGGAAGGUGGACAAGAGUGUUGUGCAGCCGGCUGAAUUAGGAGUCACACUGGACUUGCUGUCUGUAAAGGAGUGGUGCGCAAAGCAGGAUUGGGAGAAAGUUCUGGAGGUUGAAGGUUAACUUUUCCGUUUUUACAUGAAAAGAAU